AUGAUUGACAAGCGGGUUGACCGAAUUGGUACGUCUUCUCGGGACCCAACGAUUCAACAUUCCACGUGGCGUGGCGCUUUCUCGCUUCAGUGCUUGUACAAACAUGUUUGUCUGAUCGUCGCUAACUCCGUAUAUGCACCUUUAGUUCAUCCGCUGUCAUAUCCCGUUGCCAUACUGCUUGCUUGUUGCAUGAGUAUUGCAGUCUACAAUGUUAUCGAGAUAACCGUCCUGAUAUUCGCAACGUUCAAGAAACGGCGGGGGUUGUACUUCAAAUGUCUAUUAGUGGCUGCAUGGAGCAUUCCUUUCCAUGUCGCCGGACAUACCCUGAAGCUCUACAGGCUCACUCAAAUGAACACGCUUUACAACACUCUCAUACUCGUCGGCUGGAUAGGCAUGGUAACGGGACAAUCAAUAGUACUUUACACCCGGGUUCACCUGCUUUUCCCCAUCCAUAAACGCCGAGUAAGAUGGAUACUUUACAUGAUCAUAUUCGACGCAAUCACUUGCCACGUGCCGGGCAUUGUACUUGUUUACGGUAGCUCUGAUAACUCCCAUGGAAGCAGAUUUGCAGUGAACUUCAACAUAUACGAAAUCGUUCAGAUGACCACCUUCACCCUUCAAGAGCUCAUAAUCUCGGGUCUCUACGUAUACAGGACGUUCAAACUUCUGAAUGGAGAGAUCAACUAUCGCGGUCCGGCGGCAGUAUCGAUGGUCAGACAUCUGCUCAUGGUGAACAUCAUCAUCAUUCUUCUUGAACUGUCCCUUCUCUCGACAAUCUACACAGGGCACUACGAGGUCGAAACAGCGUACAAACCCGCGGUAUACAGCAUUAAGCUCAAGUUGGAGUUUCCAGUUCUAGAUGAUCUGGUGAAUCUGGUCAAGGCGGGCGGUCGUCUUGGGCCGGCGAAAAUGUCAAUCGCGACACCUAAAAACGACACAACACCUGGACCGAGGGCAACCAAGCCCUACAGAAGCUUUGCUUCUUUGCCGACCCAUUAUCAAUCGGGGGUCUUAGGAGCUGCGAGGCCAAAAGAAGUUCAUAUUGUACGUCGGCAAAGUUGUCCCUUGGAGCAAGACACUCAAAUGAUGAGUCGGGGAAGUAUGGUCAGGGGCGAUGAAAAUGGAACGGCGUUGUGCGCGUUUAAUAAUGCACGGAACUUAUCAGGCACCACGAACGAUCGGACGUCGUCAAGCUCUGGCUCCCGACAUCAGAUUAGCUUCAGAGAUAUAGUAUGA